AUGAAUCGGGUUAACAAGGUAUAUUAUGUUACUCGGGGCACCCUUAAAACGGCGAAUAAGCAGUUUAAUACCACUAAUAAUGAAUAUGAGAUUACUUUGAAUGCUGAUUCUCAAAUCGUUACUUGUGAUGACUCUUCAGAGUCCGGUGAUCUGCCUACCGCUCAUUUCAACUUUACAGCAAUCGAUAAAUUAGACUCAAUUUCUCCAGGCUCCUUUGCCGAUAUCGUUGGCGUCGUUCAUGAGGCAUCAGAACUUACCACAAUAAUGGCCAAGGCGUCUCAGCGAGAACUUCGUAAGCGAGAGCUUGGCGUUGUAGAUUCUUCCGGAACGCUUAUUCGUCUAACUUUGUGGGGCGAUGAAGCUGCUUCGUUUGAUUCCACUAACAACCCCACAAUUGUCGUUAAGGCGGCCAAAGUUUCGGAUUUUAACGGUCAGUCUGAUUUUGUUCUAUUUUUCAUCUGUUUACUAUGA